AUUCCGCGUUCGCAACAAUCCACGCCGCCUUCUUUUUUUCGUUUUUGUCCUUUUUAUAUUUCUGCAGUCAACGAACGACGCAGCAACAAUUAUUAGACAAACCCUCGGCCAGGAUCAAUCGGCCCCGAUUCAAUACUGCGUACCUCCUGCUGAUCCUGGUGGUCCGGCACGGAAUCCUCUUCUUCGAACGCUCCCUCCCUCUCCCUCUCUGCUAGCAAUCGACGACGGCGAUUACUCCUACGGUCAUUUCGACCCAAAGCUCGUGCUUCCCCCGCGGCACGGCACAUCCCGGACGCCCGAUUCGACGCCCUUCCGAUAUCUGUAACGAGACCGCCCAAUGGACGUGCAGUGACCCAAAGCCUAUUUUCCGUUUUGCUUCGCGGGAAUUGCUCAGCAACCACGACGACACUCGAUCUUCCUCACAGAUCAUAGAUAUACCAGACCCCGCGUUCGAUUCCCUCCGUCGUAGCACCAGGCCAGGGGCAGCAACAGGCAGCUAUAGUGUUGGCUGGCCGAAAGCAGACCAGACAAAAUGUCGAAACGCAACCCGUCCCUCCUGGUCACCGACUCGCGCGAUCGCGCGCCCGUCCGGAGUGCCACUGGCCGCCAGGGAAGCCCCAAUCCCGGCCACUCAUCGAGCUCCAAAAUGCCCAUGCGCUUUGUUUCAGUCGACAAUGUGCUACAAUACGCCUCGGAGAUUCCAUCUGGGCAGCCGCGCGUGCCACCCAACUUCCAAACAGGCGGUCGCCAGCCCGGGCCGUCGCCACUCAUGAUGAGAGCGGGAACCGGAGGCCCCUCGGCAAGGAGAGGCAGCCACGGCGGCCUGCCGACCCUCGCCAGCAUAAGAACGGGCCUGCAGAAUGUACCAUCCAGGACGACCAAGAUCAGCGAGAAGCUCGUGCUCCUGCCCGAGACGGAGAAGGACGACGACGACGAUGACGAGGAUACAGUGGACGACACGGCCGCACUCCCGCCUUCGGUGCUGCAGGCGAACGCGGCGCUCGCGGCCGACGAGGAGGCCGGGCCACUGCGCGACGAGGAGCUGGACGUGCUGCGCAAACGAGGCGGUAUACGCGGAAAGAGCAUCGCCGAGCGCCUUCCCAAGGUGCAGCGCGGCGAGCGCGUGUCGCGCCUGACUGCAUAUUGCACCGCGCAGGCGUACAAGAUGAAGACGACGGCCGAGUUCCUACGAUCCAAGCACGGGGCCAAAGCUAAGCUGUACGACGACUGCCUCUACACGGUAUUUCACCUGCCGCUGCUGCCCGGAAUUGAUGGUUACCGCGUCCGCAGUCGGCCGGUGCUCAAAACUCCAGGCACGGGCAAGACGGUGUUGGACCUGGAAAUCGAGCGGAGCGAGCGCCGAGACGAGCACAUGGGCUACUGUGACGAGUACCACCCCCGGUCCGCCGAAGGCGACGGCGAAGGGGCAAACGGCGGCGCCAGCCACGGUGUCGACGAGAACGGACACUUCCCGCACCACUCAGACGCCACGGAGCCCAGCCCGGUGGACAGGCUGGUGGCCGAGGCCAAGAACUUUGCCGAGAUGUUCGUCUUCUCGUACGGCGUCGUGGUGUUCUGGAACUUUACCGAGAGCCAGGAGAAGGACAUAUUAGCGGACCUGACGUUCGCCGAGGGAGAGGCGGGCGUCUCGCUCCUGACGCGGCCGCUGGACCAGGCCGACUUCGAGACGGAGGAGUUCCACUUCGAGUACAGCUCCGACGCCAAACGGCCGCGCGUGUUCAACGACAUGAUCACGCUGCUCCCGCGGUCGGACCACAUGGUCAAACUGACCAUCAGCCACGCCAUCGCGCAGAGCACCAAGCUCUGCUUCUUCGAGGAGAAGAUGUCGGAAACCAUGCUGGACGCGCAGCACGUGCCCAAGCAGCUGGCCCUGACGGGCGAGCUGGCCAUGUCGAGGACCGAGAUUGUCAAGAUUCUGGGGCGGCUGUUCAAGAGCCGUGUCGACAUCAACUUGUCUUCAAAUAUCCUCGACGUGCCCAACUUCUUCUGGGACUCGGAGCCGACGCUGCACCCGCUCUACGUGGCCAUCCGCGACUACCUUGAGAUCGAUCAGCGCAUCAAAGUGCUCAACGAGCGCUGCCGCGUCUUCCUCGACCUGGCCGAGAUCCUGUCGGACUCGGUCGCCGACGCCAAGAUGAGCGCCAUCACGUGGAUCAUCAUCAUCCUGAUCGUCAUCAGCAUCCUCGUCACCGUGUCCGAGGUCACGCUCCGGUUCGGCAUGCUCGAGAAGGAGCGGAGCAGGGGCGGCGGUGGCGGGGACGGGGACGGGAUCGGGGGCGAGGCUGCUGCAGCUGCCGUUGCCGCGGUGGCGAUGCCAAAGAGCAGGCUCGAGCUCCGCGACCAGAUUUGGAAGUCCAUGGCCGAGGCCGACAUCUCGCUCGAGGACCUCCGCGCCUGGGGCCAGGGGCUGACGGCGUCGGAGAAGGUGGCCGUGUGCGGGUCCGAUCACGUCGGAAAGACGUUUGCGGGCGUCUAGCUGUGUCCUUUUUUUUUUUUUGUCUUAUUCUGGGUCUACACUUGACUUUGCGCCCCUGUAUCACUACCAUUAACACCACCCCGCUGGCAUACUAACCAGGUUGUAAACUUUUUUAUUCUCGUCUGCGCUUCUUUUGGGCUGGGGGAGGGCUAUUCCGCGAAGAAAUACCAAAUGCUCGGUUUACUAUUUUUGCCCAUUUACUAUUUUAUGACUUUUGCACCUGAGUAGGACCAACAAAAAUAGCUUAUGAAACCGAAAAGUUAAAUUCACAACAG